AUGGGCACUGCUGGCAGCUCUCAUGUCAUGUAUAAACGUAGAGUGAUGGGCACUGCUAGCAGCUCUCAUGUCAUGUAUAAACGUAGAGUGAUGGGCACUGCUAGCAGCUCUCAUGUCAUGUAUAAACGUAUCACGAUGGGCACUGCUAGCAGCUCUCAUGUCAUGUAUAAACGUAGAGUGAUGGGCACUGCUAGCAGCUCUCAGGUCAUCUAUAAACGUAUCACGAUGGGCACUGCUAGCAGCUCUCAUGUCAUGUAUAAACGUAGAGUGAUGGGCACUGCUAGCAGCUCUCAUGUCAUGUAUAAACGUAGAGUGAUGGGCACUGCUAGCAGCUCUCAUGUCAUGUAUAAAAGUGGCUAG